AUGGUGAAGAAAGGAGGCACGGUGAGUACCUCCAGCGAGUGUGAGGGGGAGAUGGUGUUGUCGGCACCAUCCUUCAAGCUCUCAAAGACGAACUACGACAUCUGUGUGAUAAAUAUGGAGGUAUAUCUUGACUCUCACGAUCUAUGGCAGGCGAUAAUCGAAGAGAAUGUAUCCGAGAAGAAAGACUGGCUGGCAUUGUUGGCAAUCUUUAGCACAAUUCCGGAAGAGAUGAUGAUUAUGCUUGAUGCAAAGAAGACAGCAAAUGAGAAUUGA